CCGCCACCAAGCAGCAACCAGACGGGCGCCCUCACCCCCAACGGCCGGAAAGCGGGUCUCUCCGGCUACGUCAGCAUCCAGGACACCGACGCCUUCGCCGACCUCGCGCCGCACAUCAGCUGGUACUCCGACUACACCGCCAACCCGCCCGCCGCCCUGGGCGUCGAAGGCGUCGGCAUGCUCUGGGGCGCCCCGGGCUCCGCCUGCGUCGAGUCCUCCGCCAAACGCCUCGGCGGCUUCACCGACAUGCGCGUCACCCGGCCGGCGCCGAAGUACAUGUUCGGCUUCUACGAGCCCGACUGCGACUGCCCGUCGUCCUCGAGCAUGAGCGUCGCCGCGGCGGCCGCGAACUGGGACGCGCUGCUCGCGCCGCUGGCCGCCCAGGGCACGGUGCUGGGCUCGCCGAGCAUGUGCAAGCAGCGCGACGAGGACUUCCUCACGCCCUUCGACGCCGCCGUCGCCCGCUCCUGGGACGUCACCAGCAUCCACGUGAACGCGCCCAGCGUCGAGCAGGCCCGGGCCGUCGUGGACUACUACGUCCGCACCUACCGGAAGCCCGUCUGGGUGAGCGAGUUCGCGUGCGUGCGGCCGCGCCCGACCUGGCAGCCCUGCACGGACCAGGGCGAGAUCGACGCCUUCAUCCGCGGCAUGGUCACGUACCUCGAGGGCAACCCGGACGUCGUCGCGUACGGCCCGAGCAACGGCGAGGGGCUGGGGACGGUCUGGCCGCUGACGAAAGGCGGCGCGUUGACCGCGUCCGGGAAGACCUACCUCUCGGCGAUU